UGCCAUCUGUUUACUAGUGUAUAGCUUAACUAUAACAUCGUGUAAUAUGGAUUUUAAAUAAGUAGUUGGGAGUUAUUAAAACAUUUUGACUAAGCUACCAAUCUGUUUUUAGAGACUGUGAAAUACAUGUUUGGAAUGUGUGAAAUGGAACUUCGUUCGGAAAAUAAUACUAGCCUACUAGAUUGUGAAAGGAACGAGUGUUCCCAUUACAAUGUUUCCAUGAGGACAUUAAUGCGGAGCGGUGACACUUCCUUGCAUCCCGGAAACAUGAGGGGGACAACAUAGAUGUUUACACCUUAAUGAAAACAAUCGUAGCAAAUAAUUAUCUAGUACGCAGGCCGGCAGAUAUUGUGCUUCUUCCACAUUACGAACAUGGAUCGCAGUAGGUCACGGGACAGAUCGACAAGCAGCAAACGAGGCCGGGAUAAGAAACAAGUCAAGAAAAAGCGGAGACGUUCUAACUCAUCGUCCUCCUCAUCGUCAAGCAGCAACAGCUCCAGUCCGACUCCCCCAAAGAAAGCGUGCAAAACACGGAAGAGCCAAGAUGGAAAAGUUAAGAAGAAGAAAAGGAAGGCUUCUUCAUCGUCUUCCAGUUCGUCUUCCUCGUCUUCCUCCUCGUCAAGUGACGAAAAGUCAAAGAAGAAGAAAAGGAAAGCCAAGAAAAAGAAGUUGAAGAAGAAAAAAGCUAAAGAGAGGAAAGAGAGGAAGAAAGCGUUGAAGAAGGAGAAAAAACUGGCCGAGAACUUAAAGAAACUUGAGGAAAAGGUUACCGCGAGCGUCAAACCCAUCCAACCGCCACUAGACAUUCUACCCUGUUUGGACACGUGGUUAAGUGAUGACGGCACAGAAGAGCAUGGCCCAGUGAUGACCGAUGAACAGAAGGCCAGACUUUCUACCAAGAGGCCGAUAACCAAAGAGGAGUACGACGCCAGGCAGAGCAUCAUCCGCAGGGUGGUUGACCCAGAAUCCGGGCUCACUAGGCUGGUGAGGGGAGAAGGUGAAAUCAUCGAAGAGAUCGUCAGUCGAGACAAACAGAAAGACAUCAAUAAGCAAGCCACAAAGGGAGAUGGGAAAGCCUUCCAGAAGAAACUAGGAAUGAAGAAGUAGCAGAAUCCCUUUUUUGUGUGUGCCUGAGCUUGGGCUGUGAAGAGACAUCUGUGACCAGCUCAAGGCCGGCCAGGGGAGGGGAGUAGCGUUUGCACGGCUGUAGUUACACUGCCAGUCACAUCAUAAAUGUGUGUGCAUGUGCCAUGUAGUUCAAAUCAUUAUAAUUCCGUUUGACUUGUAACUAAGUUUUUUAGUCAUCUGUGCUAAGGAAAAAUAUUUUUUAAUUUUAGAUUAAAUGGUUUUAUCAAAAUUGUCUCGAAUUGUUUCUGUCCAUGAAAGUGCUGUCAAUAGAUGCUUGAUACUUUAGUAUUACUUACCAAAACACAGUAAGAGACCACCAAUAACAAGUAUUCUUCAUACUUUCUUUAUACACUGUACAUGAAAACACAAAGAAUAAAAAGGAGCAGUUGAAAAUAUAAGAAUUACACAAAGUACAAGGUAUUUUAACAUUGCACUAAGUCAGAAAAUAAGUCUUACUGGGGUAAGGAAACUGACUUUUUAAAAUAAGAACUGUUGGAUGAGAUGACACCUGUUAAAAGGAGCUUGUCGGUUAUGUUGUCUGGAAUGAACUGUUGAUUGGUUCUCACCUGUGAGCUGUAGCCUACAGGUUCCUGUGUACAUUUGGACUGCUUCCAUAUCAAUAAAAACAUAGACCAAUAUCCUGUGCCAAACUCUCCACUGACCAGUAAAUUCCAUUGAAGCUUCUAACCGGGUAGUUAAGAAAAUGAGGGAAACGUUUAAAAGAACAUUUGAUAAAGCAAAGACUGGUCAUGCCUAUUAGUGGCAGAACAAUGGAGAUUGUCUAUAUUCAGACAAGGUAUUUAAAAUUCGGUAAGGUUUGUACGUGAUGAUUACAUUUUAUGGAUGUUACGGCGCAACUGACUGUUGCCCUGUAGUCUGUUUAGAUGUGUAAAUUAAUAUUGUAUACAUUAUAAGUUCAGAAAUCAGAUUGAUCUUCAAAUCUGUCCUUUGAUUGCAGAUAACGAUUUUAAAUCAAACGGUCUUGACUAGCGAUAGGUCCACAGUCCACAGAAUCAGUCACGUAGUACAACACGUUUUCACUGAUGUGAAACAAGCCAGCCAUGUGUUGACAGAGGAGCAUUACGGCCAGUCUUCAGGGACACCCUCAAAUGCCAAACUGAUACCUACAUCUAUGAACACGGGACAGAGACAGAGACACUCAGAUUGGCUGUGUUUACUGUGUCUUCAAGUCACUGUUCAAGAGAGAAAAGGAUAAAUUGACACCAGUAGUCUGACAUUUUAGUAUUGAGGUGAAAAGCAAAGUUUCCAACCAAACUAAAACCAGAACAGUUCUCUCUGUCUUAAUUCGGCCAACGCAACCUUGCUUCCACUGCUGGGACCACCUUACAAGUAUAAAAGCCAGUUAAUAGAUUCAUUUAGUCUGUGUAAUCUACUAUAGUUGUAGGGUUUCAAGGUCAAAGGGCACCUAGACAAUCUACUCAUCUACUCAAGCAUUCCGUCUUUUCCUCUUUAGCUCCAUCGCUAUGCUAGCAUUACCAGCUUCCUUGAUUGUCGUUACAUUGCAUUAUCUUCUUCCGUAAAUCUGUCAUAGCAGGCCUUGGCUGAUGGCACACCAUCUCAGCAACACCUUCUGAUUGGUCCAUCAUGGUUGGAUGUGUUGUCGACAGCGAGAGAUCUAGAGUGUAAAAAACAAUAAUCCAAGGAGAUCGCAAGUUUGAGAAACAACUGAGA